UAGUUGGUCAGAGAUUGAACAUGUCUCAGCAUCAUAUAUUUGAAUGCUGAUAAUUAUGUAUACGAGCAUUGACCAAUCAAUUGAAACUAGAAAAGUAGAUAAAAGCUUAACAAAAUGGAUUGGUGAAGAUUAGAUUGCCUAUAUAAAGCAUGCAAUGUUGACUACAUAACAUACUGCAUAAAAUGUAGUCUGUUCCAAUGUUUGCGCCUAUGGUCAAAGCUGCUUCUUCAAUUUGCUUCUUCGUUCAAUGUAGGGAUGUAGCCAAGGGGGUGGCCACGGGUGUCAUGGUCUCCCCCAAAGGCGAGAAAUUAAAUAAAAUAAAAUAAAGAUAAAUAAAAACAGCUGUACCAUACCCCUAAAAAUAGUGGGCCAAAUCUGAGUUUUCCUUUUUUGGAGGGGGUACGACACUAGGCCGCGACCCGUGGCCCCUCCCUCAGUAAAAUCUUGGCUAUGGCUCAAUAAUUUGAGUCUAUGCUUUAUGUCUAUGACUAUUCUAUACAGGAGCUAUGCAAUCCUGUUUUCUUUCUAGGUUCAUGCUGUUCUGAGGUGAAACAUUUUCCUGGCAUGGUGGCACUUUGUCAGUGUGGGGCGAGGUAGGCAUCCACUGUGAUGUGGCUGACCCUGUCGGCUCCCACUCCCCCUCUGACCCGGCCAUGCGUCCCGCCAGGUUGUCGUGUUCCGCCAGCUGCUGCGCCGGGGUUGGCAGCGCACAGCCGCUACCAGCUGACACGCCGACCGGUGCGCGGCGCGCGUGCGCCGGGCGCCGACGGCCGUCGUCUGGCAGCAACAGCGCUGCCAGUGACUCGCGCUGCUGCUGCAGAAACUGGGCAAGGAUCGUAGAAUCCUGGCGUGUUUUUGUAACGUCCAUUAGAGUGAUUUAGACGCAGCGUGUAGAAAGGACUCGUUUAUUGACGUGUGACUUUCUGACAGCUCAGUCACCUGUUGACGGCGGCGCACAGCGUCACCUACCCGCCCUACAGCCGCCCAGCAGGCGGACGGAGAGGCCCGCCCAGGCCCAGUGCCGCACGGAGAGGCGGCGGCGCUGGAGGCCAACACCCCAUCUCGCGGCCUGUAGCUGACGGUGCUGGAGCCGCGAGUCACCGUGGUGGCUGGCCAUGGAGACUUGGGGAAAAGGCCGGUGAGGUGCGUCUCCAGCUGCGCUGUCAGACGAUCCAGUGGAACGAGCAGCAGCCCAUGUACCCGUCCCGGCUGUGCCGGUGUGUCUCCCAGCUUGAGCGUCGCCGGCCGACCGCUGCGCUGCUCUACAACUGCCACGUCCACACACGAUGCACGGUGACGGCUGACCAGGCGGUGCUGGUCUCGGCCGCGGCCGACGGCCAGCCCGCCCAGGAGCACCAGGUCGCCUCGCUCUCCUCAGCCUGGGUCUACUGGAAGGCCCUGCUGGCGCCGGCCCUGUGGGCCGGCUCCCAGCACCCGCUCACAGCAGGUGUGCCACUACUGCGAGCUGAGCGUGCGCCAGGGCGGCCGCCUGCUUCGGCUGCGCCGGCGCCGAGCCAGCCGGCUCGCAGCUGGACCUGCCACUAGAGACGGACCUGUGGGACCUGGACGUGCGGCUGUGUCAGACCGGCUGGUGCUGGGCCGGCGCCGCCCGGUGCGCUGUCAGCUGGACGGCCGGCC